CUCUUUUCUUGUCAGUGCCGAACCUUGAGUCUUAUAAAAUCGAAAUGUCAAUUCCCAUUCCUCCAAGUGUGGUUCCACCUCCUCCAACAAGUGUGGUCCCACCUCCUCCAACAAGUGUGGUCCCGCCUCCUCCAACAAGUGUGGUCCCACCUCCUCCAACAAGUGUGGUCCCACCUCCUCCAACAAGUGUGGUCCCACCUCCUCCAACAAGUGUGGUCCCACCUCCUCCAACAAGUGUGGUUCCACCUCCUCCAACAAGUGUGGUCCCGCCUCCUCCAACAAGUGUGGUCCCACCUCCUCCAACAAGUGUGGUCCCGCCUCCUCCAACAAGUGUGGUCCCGCCUCCUCCAACAAGUGUGGUUCCACCUCCUCCAACAAGUGUGGUCCCACCACCACCACCACCAACGGCAUUUGUCCCUGCGCCACCAUUACCAAUGCCAUUGACGGCCAAACAAUCACCAAUUACCGUACAAGCAUGGGAAAAUCUCGAAUCAGAUGCACAAAAAAUGGUACCUAAUGAGGAGGGUACCAGGUAUCUAGAAAUGGACGAAAAUAUUCGAGAUCAAGUCUACAAGCUCUUUAUCUUAUCGGACUACGACAUUUUCAAGAUGCUUACUAAUGUUACGUCUAGCCUUCAUCACAUUGGGCGGCGUGACCUGGGUUUGAUGCGUAAUUCAGAUUUCACCGCUUUUACCAUUCUUCAGUCUUCUGCAUACGGCGGCGCAGAGGCAGACACAAGCAUGAAUGAAACCGAACGGCGUCGAGAUCUGGUUUCCGAAUCUAUCACGCGUAUCAACAAAGCUUAUACAAAUUCACUGGCGGCAUUAAAUGCCACCAUUUCAAAUUUACCACCCACUUCCCUGCCUUCGAAGAUCGAGAAGCGAAGAACACUGGGUCCUAAAUCCAUAUCAAAAACUUUUCCUUAUCAAACUACUUAUGAGCGAUUGAUGACGGAGAUCGCAAAAAUGCGUGUGGAGACGAAUAAAGCAAAACGUCAAAGCACAUCCAGAACGACAGCACCCACGCAGCGACGCGCCUACUAAAAUUUACAAAACGGUAGGUACUUACUAGUAAAACGUAGUGGAGACUUCCAGAUCUAGAAAUUUCAUCAUCACCAUUGCUAUCACGACCCAGAAUCACAACAUAAAUGCCUGACCAAGUUACUGAUGGAGUCUUUGAAACCGUUAUCUAGCGAUUGUAGUGUCUAAUGCUGCUAAGUCAAUUGGUAAUUCGAUUCAAGGAUGGCUAUUGACUGAUAUUAGAA